GUUAUGUCAAAAAAAUUUAAAUUUGGAUGUCAAGAACUGUACAUCUACUUAAAAAUGAUUCUUGAAAGUAACAGUUAGUAAAUGGAAUUAAAAUUGGUUGAUUUGUUAGUGAGAUGCUUUUGGUAACCCUUAUCGCCGGUUAAACUACUGGUGAGAUGUUUUCGAUUAUUAUAGAUGCACAUAUUUAUACUAUAGUAGGAAAAUGCAUUAGAUAACGUUAUCAUUAUGUUUUAAUUUAAAUAUUUUAUCCAUAAAGGUCAUUAGAAGACCUUGACAGUGUCACCAGUAAUUUUAGACAUUUAUACACACCAGUAUACAGUUUACCUGCUCCUUUUUCAUCACACAUGGAAAGUUCUCAAGAAGAAAUAUAUACGGAAUCUCUUCCAUCAGAUCAUGAUUCAAUUAGGCUCUCAAGAUUUACUAUUUAUCAUAGUGCACCUGAUUUGCCCGAUGCAGUGGCAGAACAAACAACACUCUUUUUUAAAAACACAAAAAAUCCAACUCCACAGGUGGCCAAAAGUAUUAUGUUCAAUGACGAUCUUCGAUCAGUUGAUUUUGUCCUUGCCUGGUUAGAUGGUAAACAGAGCAAUGAAAUUGCGGAGGAAAAAAGAGCUUUAUUUGAAGCAAAUCUUCAGGAAGAGGGUCUAGAACUUGAAAGAGAACAAACUGAUAAGUUGCAUGUUGUUAAACUUCAUGUGCCAAAAGAAGUUUUGAGAAGAUAUUCUGAAAUCCUUAGGCUUCGAAUGCCUAUGAAAGCGACUCCAAGAGACAGACUUUUUGGAUCAAACUUUGAUUUAAUGACAGAAGUGAAAUCAUUUUUUUCUAAAUUGAUUUCUUGUAUUCGCCUUGAUCCUUCAGUGUUCCCUAGAGAGAAAUACCGACUUUCUGCAGAGUACAACAGGCAUAAAACCUACUUAUUUGAUGAAGAAGAUAGUAACUUUUUCUCCUCCCAAGUAAGAACUCUUAUUGUGGAUUUUAUUUUAUCAAGAACUAGCUUUGAUGGUCCAGUAAGUGAGACUAGUGCUAAAGAAAGCACCAAUUUUGGAAUUGAAAAACUCAUAAAUGAUGGAGUAUAUAAAGCUGCAUAUCCUCUACAUGAUGGGGAACCUGAUGAUAAUACAUGCCUUAGAGGUAAACUGUUUUACGAGUGGGCUCAUGUUAGUAAAUGGGCAAUGUUCCAGCCAAUUGACCAUAUUAGAGAGUAUUUUGGUGUCAAAUUUGCCCUUUAUUUUGCCUGGCUUGGAUUUUAUACACAUAUGCUCAUUCCAGCAUCUAUUGUUGGUUUACUCUGCUUUGUUUAUGGCAUUUUAACAUUGAGUGCUGAUCAAUUAAGUACCGAUAUAUGUGACGAAUCUCUAAACAUCAUCAUGUGCCCUCUGUGUGAUAAGACAUGUGAUUACUGGAAACUUUCUGACACUUGUACUUUCGCUAAGUUCACGUAUCUUUUUGACAAUCCAGUAACUAUUGUCUUUGCAAUCUUCAUGUCGUUUUGGGCUACUUUAUUUUUAGAGUUAUGGAAGAGGUAUUCUGCGUCAAUAGCACACAGGUGGGGUCUUACCGACUUUAAUCUUCUAAGUGAACCUCCAAGACCUCAAUAUAUGGCUCGCUUCGAUGGAACAAAUCCUAAGAAAUCAAAAACAAAUGUGGUCACUGGUGUGAGGGAACCUUAUGUGCCAUUCUGGACUUUAAAAGUUCCAGCAACUUUGUUCAGCUUUUCAGUUGUUAUAAUUUUGGUAUUGUUGGCAGUUGCAGCUGUAUUUGGUGUUGUUUUUUAUCGCAUGUCAGUUCUCGCUUCCAUCAGUAUAUAUGCUGAUCAAGAUUGGGCAGCCAAUUAUGCCUUGAUAAUUAUACCUGCCACUGCUGCUAUAUUGAAUCUUGCAUUUAUUCUUGUUCUCAAUUAUAUUUAUGACAAAGUUGCAGUAUAUUUGACAGAAUUAGAAAUGCAUAGAACUCAAACAGAAUUUGAUGAAUCUCUUACUAUUAAGAUAUAUUUAUUUCAAUUUGUCAAUUACUAUACAUCAAUUAUGUAUAUUGCAUUUCUUAAAGGGAAGUUUGUUGGUUAUCCUGCAAAAUACAAUCGAUUAUUUGGACUCAGGCAAGAGGAGUGUAAUCCUGGCGGCUGUCUGAUGGAGCUGUGUAUUCAAUUGGCUAUCAUCAUGAUUGGCCAGCAGUUUUUAAAUGGUGUUUUGGAAAUGCUUAUUCCGUAUAUUUGGAAAUGGAUUAACAGUUUAAGCAUCAAAGCUGGUUUAGAAAAACCUAGUAAUUCUGAAGUAGAUGCUGUUGUUAAUGACCCAUCGCACAAAAGGUGGACUGAAGACUUUAAACUUCUUGAUUGGGGUCCUCGUGGUUUGUUCUAUGAAUAUUUAGAAAUGGUUUUGCAAUAUGGUUUUGUCACCAUUUUUGUUACUGCUUUUCCACUGGCACCAUUUUUCGCACUUAUAAACAAUAUAUUUGAAAUGAGGUUGGAUGCUCGCAAAUUCCUCCUGUAUUACCGAAGGCCAGUUCCAAAAAGAGCACCUAAUAUUGGAGUUUGGUUUAGGAUUUUAAAUGUCCUUGGUCGGUUAGCUGUCAUCUCAAACGCUUUCAUCAUUGCAUUUUCAUCAAAUUUCAUACCUAAAAUGGUAUUUAUGUAUGUGACGAAAUCCAGCGACCAUGUAGGGUUUCUCAACCAUUCUUUAUCAGUUUUUGAUACAAAGGAUUUUGAGCCAGGAUCAGCACCACUCUAUUCAUCAUUUAAUACCACUAUUUGCAGGUAUGCUGGUUAUAGAGCUCCACCCGGUCCUGGCGAAUACAAGCGUACUGCCCUCUAUUGGCAUAUAUUAGCUGCAAGAUUGGCAUUUAUCGUCAUUUUCCAGAAUGUGGUUUCCAUUGUCGUGAUUGCUGUUCAAUGGUGUAUUCCUGACGUACCGUCAGAGUUGAGGGACCAAAUACAGAGAGAAGCAUAUCUAACAAAUGAAUUAAUCAUAGAAUAUGAAACACAGCAGACUAAACAUCCUUAUGCUGAUGGGGAUGCUUCAGUAGUGAUGCUUAAUCAUGAAAAAGGAGAUGAUCUUCGAAAGAGAACAGCUAACAGUAUUCAUUUAGAUCUGGAUCAACCUCGAUGACCAUACUAAUUUCUCCAAUUUUCAGGUUUACGUUUGAAAUUUGAGUAGUUAUAUUUUAUUUGAUCUUUAUCGCAUAACUGGAUAUAAUACUCUUAUUGUAUUAUUUUAUUUUUUGACUGGGUUUAUAUUAACAUAUUAAAUUUUUAAAUAUAUUAGAUUAGCUAAUCAUGAUUGGAAUAAUAUCAAUGUUUAUCACAUCUGGGAAGUAUUAUGAUUUUUUAAAUUUUAUUUUGAUGUGGUUAGUUUUAUAUAUCUCAAUGUUAAAUGUUGUAUGUAUUGCUGAUUUUUACUGGCUUUGUUGUAAACUAUAGAAUCAAUGAAAUCUAUAAUUUUUCAAGAGAACUUUUUGAAGUAGUUAUUACUCCAUAUCUUAAUUGAUUAGUUAUUAAGUUACAGCCUUUAGUUACAGUUAAGGCUGUAUUAUAUUUUCAAUUAAGCUUUUAAGUUCUUCUGUUGUUUAUAUUUCAUAAAGUAUCACCAUUCGAAAAUUUACUAAUAUUUAAAAACUUCUUAAACAAAAUUUUGUCCUAAUACUGAAAUGAAGGAAUAGUGAAGAAACGCCACUUUUUCAAUAAGACGGUAUUGGAGUGGGUGUGCAUAUAUGCAUCAAUCAAUAGCAAUGCAUCAAAUUAUUUUGAAUAGCAGUCCUGAGCCCACAUCUUUUAAUAAGUUCCAUUUAGGUGUGGUGUUGAUAUGAUUUUUUUAUUCUAUAGUUUCACUGAAAGUCGUUUUAUAAGCCACCUUAUUGUGGAUUAAAAAAAAAAAGUAAGAAAAAACAAAACACUUCUGUGAAGAAUGAAAGAAUGUAAUGUCUUUGAUGAAGGCUUAAAAUUUGUGAUUUCAUAGCCCUAAGGAUUUCAAAAAAGAUUAAUGUGUGUUGUUUAUGUUUACUUUUUCUCAUUAUUAUAUUUAUCUAUAAAGGCCUGUAUACAUUUCAAUAAUUGGAAAUCAUAAAAUAGAAUAAAUUUGAUAUUAUGAUAAAUAAAUAAAUUACCUUAAACUUAUUAGUUUAAAUUAGCACGUUAGAAAUUUGAUUUCUUUCUCAGAUGUGAUUGAAUGUUAUUGUCAUA